GCGGCCUCCCCGCGGAGAGCAAAUAUCAACUCUCAUCCUCCCUCCCCUUCAUACCAAAACUUGCUUUCACCAUGGGCAAGGGCAAGAACACCGUCAAGAAGGAGGGUCAUGGGCGAGUCAAGGGCAAGUCCGCCUCGGGCUCCAAGCUCGUCGGCGAGUUCGCCACCGGUGUCACGCGCGUCAAGGGCGAGAACUUCUACCGCGAUGCCAAGUCGGCCUCCCGCGUCAAGAUGCUCAACGGUGGCAAGGCGGUGCGCGACCGCGACGGCAAGAUCGUCAAGGCCGCCGCCUUUCAGUCCAAGGAGGCCGAGCCGGGGCGCGUUCAGCCCGACAAGCGGUGGUUCGGCAACACUCGUGUGAUCUCUCAGGACGCCCUGGACCACUUCCGUACUGCCCUCGCCAACCACAAGAACGACCCGUACUCGGUUCUGCUCAAGCGCAACCGCCUGCCUAUGGGUCUUAUUCAGGACGAGAGCAAGAACGCCAGCGGCAAGCGUCCCCACAUCGUCGACACCGAGCCGUUUUCCAACACAUUCGGACCCAAGGCGCAGCGUAAGCGCCCCCGCCUCGACACCGGCUCGUUCCUCGAGCUUGGCGAGUCGACAGCCGCAAUCGAUGACGCAGAGGAUGAGGCCGCCGCUAUGAUGACGCUCGAGGAGGCGCAGGCAGCUAAGGAGGCCGCGAAGGAGGCGGCGUACGGCAGCACUCGGUCGCUCGUCUCUGCCCCCAUAUACCAGAAGGGCACGUCCAGGCGUAUCUGGGGAGAGCUCUACAAGGUGCUUGAUUCGUCGGAUGUCAUCAUCCACGUCCUCGAUGCCCGUGAUCCCCUGGGUUCCCGUUGCAAGCCUGUUGUCGACUACAUCAAGAAGGAGAAGAGCCACAAGGCUCUGAUCUACGUUCUCAACAAGGUCGACUUGGUGCCGACUUGGGUCACAGCUCGCUGGCAGAAGCACCUCUCGCUGUCGGCGCCCACCAUCGCCUUCCAUGCGGCCAUCAACAACUCAUACGGCAAGGGUACCCUCAUCCAGCUCCUGCGCCAGUUCUCGGUGCUGCACUCGGACAAGAAGCAGAUCUCGGUCGGCUUCAUCGGGUAUCCCAACGUCGGCAAGAGCUCCAUCAUCAACACUCUGAAGAAGAAGAAGGUGUGCACCGUCGCUCCUAUUCCCGGAGAGACCAAGGUGUGGCAGUACAUCACCCUGAUGCGCCGCAUCUACCUUAUCGACUGCCCCGGUGUUGUGCCCCUCAGUGCGAAGGACUCGGAGUCGGACACGGUGCUCAAGGGCGUCGUGCGUGUCGAGAACCUCGAGACGCCCGCCGAGCACAUCCCGGAGCUCCUGAAGCGUGUGCGCCAGGAGUACAUCCAGCGGACAUAUGGCCUGGAGCCGCGCCCUGAGGGCUGGCACGGCGAGGAGGGUGCGACGAUUCUUCUGAGCUCUAUCGCCAAGAAGUCGGGCAAGCUACUCAAGGGUGGCGAGCCCGACCUCGAGAGCGCGGCCAAGAUGGUGCUCAACGACUGGAUCCGCGGCAAGAUCCCCUACUUCAUCGCGCCUCCUGCCAAGGCGUCCGACACGGACAUCGCCAGCGAGGGCGUCAUCACUGAGGCCACUGGCGAAGCGGCGAAGCUCCUCGAGGAGCAGGAGCGCGAGCUUGGCAAGGUGCUCGGCGAGAAGCGCGUCAAGGGCGUCAAGCAGGAACUCAGGGCGAUUAUCACCAUGCCCAAGUUUAUGGGCGACGACGCCAAGCGCCCUGAAGGCGAAGAGUCUGACGAGGAGAUGGCCGAUGGCGAGAGCGAAGACGCCGCGGCCGUCGAUGAGGAGGUCGACGAGGACAUGGAGGACGACGAGGAGAGCGACGACGAGGCAGAGGAUGAAGACGACGAGGACGAUGAUGAAGAGGAGGCGGACGGCGACGACGACCUUGCUUGGGAGGACGUCUUCCCUGAUGACGCCGACACCGACGCCCCGCCUAAGAAGAAGACCAAGCGCGCCGCCGAGGCCGAGGCUGAGGUUGAGGCUGAGGACGACGAGGAUGAGACGUCAUCCAAGGGGAAGCGUAUGACUACCAACAAGAAGAAAGCCACCAACUUCUACACCUUUGCCAACGUCAAGAACCGCAACCGCGACCGCAAGACGCCCAAGAACCCUAGCGUGCGCGAGCGCGGGCGUGACAAGAAGAAGGCGGCGCCACGCAAGUAGGCUGCUUCCUUUACGUUGUGUUGGGUCAUUGGAGAUCUUGUAGCGAUCGGUCGGGCUGGCGUCUUAGAUGCCUAGACUUUGUGUAACAUUGUUGUAUCCUAAUGCAUACGAUGUGUCAUCUGUGCCAACAAGAGU